ACCCUCCCAGCCCUGGGAUCCAUAUAAAAACGGGCUGAUGCAACCCCUUCGGUUGCAUCGAGCAACUCAGCAACGGCAGUGGCAGCGUAGGAGGGCCGACCAUCAGCUGACUUAAAGCCGACGGCGGCAGCUCUGCAGCUCCAAACAGGUUGUUGUAGUUUUUAGCCUGACAUGAUGCCUGGACAGAUUCCUGACCCCUCCCUGACUGCAGGCUCCCUCCCUGGACUCAUGCCACUGGCCGGAAUACCUACCACUACCCUGACAGCUGAUGAGCCAAAGUAUGCCGACAUCCAGAACAUUCGAGCUAUGAUCUCUCCUCUGCACUUUCUAGAAGUAAAGCUGGGUAAAAGGCCACACCCUAUCAAAAGUGAGUUGGAUGAGGAAGAAGAAAGAAGAAAAAGGCGCCGAGAAAAAAACAAAGUUGCUGCUGCUCGAUGUCGAAACAAAAAGAAGGAAAGGACAGAAUUUUUGCAAAGGGAAUCUGAGAGGUUAGAGAUUAUGAAUGCAGAGCUUAAGGCACAGAUCGAGGAGCUGAAGCAGGAACGACAGCAGUUGAUCCUAAUGUUGAACAAACACCGCCCAACUUGUAUUGUGCGAACAGACAGUGUCAAGACUCCGGAGAGUGAAUCCAACCCACUCCUUGAGCAGUUAAACUGCAAGAAGUGAAAGAUGAAGUGGUGCUGGCAGAAGCCAAGACUGAUGUUAGUCUAUGAAUGUCCACCAAUAUUUGGUGCUAUGGAGCUCGUGGCUCCAAGUCUUGGAAUUUUAGUCCUGGACUUCUAGUUGACUGGAGAUAAUUGAAGGAGCGAAUAAUAAUUUUGAGCACGACCAAGAAGCACGGUGUUCUGUCAGAAUUCUGCACAAAUCUAGUUGUCAUUUUACUGUUCUGGAAAAUUGACGUCUGAGGUACUUCAUUUGGAGAGUGUUUGCCCCUUAUGGCAGGUGGCACUGUCCCUGUCAUUCAUGUUUUCAUCUAUUGUUUUUGCUCGAGUCUGGUGUUGUUUUCUGUUUAGUUUUUCAGCUGCAGUUUAAUUUUGAAAAGUAACAUCUCAACCACAUCAGGUACUUUGAAAAGGGCACAUUUGGAUAGAAGAAGCCAAACAAACUUUGCAGUAAUAUCUUGGUCACUUAAGACAUUUCAUUACUAGAAGUGGUUGCUGCCCUUUUGUAAAUGUUUACCCUCCAGAGGUUUGCUGUACCCUAAAAUGACAUAAGGGUGAGCUUUUCUUCCUGCAGUGCCCCAAAGUAGAAUCUUGUGCUCUUCCUUUUCAUCCCACAUGCUGCUGCUUUUAACUUAGAGCUGCAUUACAUUGACUGAAUCCUUUUUAAUUGUUAGAAGAUAUUUUUUUUUCUUAAAACAAGAUUGUCCUAAAGCUCUUUGGUUGUGCUUUAAAAAAUAUGCCAACAGUUCAGUUGCUGCUCAAAGCCUGAAUUUAGAGCAUUGCUUUUAUAAGUCUGUGGUGCUGGGACACUCUAAGAAAGGCAAAACACCACCAUGGUAGAUGGCAUUAUGGGAAGCUGAAGUUUUUGCUGGAAAACAGAAUACCUCCAUGCUAUGUCAAUGUACAACACACACAUUGUAAAAUAAUAGGUACUUAAUAGAGGGUUAUCAGUACUGUACAAUUCAGGAAGUGAUAUAAACAGUACCUAUAUUUUCAGUUCUUGCCCAUACCUGCCCUUUAAAAUAUUUAUCAUUCAUAGGCAAAAUUUAAAUGCCCAUUUUGCAGCAGUCAUGUCCCAGUCCCUGGGCUGACACUGACAUUCAUCAUUAGUGAUGAGUGCUUUCCCCUACUUAACAAAAAUAAAGUAUAACAUUUGCUUACAGUUAGAUUCCACUUUUAUUGAUAUUCUUUCAUUUUCUUUUUUUUGUUGUUGUUUUUGUUUUUUGCUCUCAGAUGCAGGGUGUUACAGUUACAAGUCUCAGUGUAAAUUGCUAAUCAGGACUAAAAGUUCUACUUCAGGAUAAUAACUGCAAUAAGAUGCACUUGAUAUUGGAUUAUCAGCUGCACUGAAAUGUAAACCUUCAGCCUUCCCAUAGUAGGGUAGGUGUAAGUACUUAGAACAAGGUAUUUUGCUUCCUUGUUUGUCUCCCUUGAAGAGGGCCUCUACUGAUUUCCAUUUCCAUUUGACAGCAGACUGAGACACAUUUACCAUAUUUUGAGCAAAAGUUGCACCUUUAAAUUCACCAGUUCACAUUUUAGAUUAAAUGUGCUUAGUGCUUUGCAAACAUUAGCUAAAAAAUGUACUGGGGCAACCAUUAUAGGUAGCACUUAUGUAUGUUAUACAGCUCCCACCCCCACAUAUACAGUAUUAGAUAUACACACUGCCUUUAAUAGAUAACUGAUUUUUAUUUUAUGUACUUCACAUGAAAGUGAACAAGUAUGCAACAUUAGGAACCUGAAUUGAACAUUUGUCCCACAUUCAAGAAAACAGAAAAUGUAUUUAGUUGGGUGUUUUCAUUAAUUUUAAACUGUUUUCUACUCAUUUUUUAACUUCCUGUGUGGCACUGCUGCUAACUGUGGAUGCCCAGGUGACAGUUGAGCAUUGGAAUGUGUUAUUCUACACCAAGCCAUCUUGAAGGAUUAGGCCUACACCAUGUUUAGGCAUGCUGAGUGUGGCGGCCUGCAUGGGGAAAUAAAUAUGCAUCAUCAUUUAUGCUGUUACUACAUUAUUGGUGCUUUUUCUUGCCUCUUGUGCCUGCUGACCAUCUGGUCCUGCCACAGUCAGUUUUGACCCAUUCAUUCCCCUAAUGGAGUGAAAAAUGUUCUUGGCACAGUUGUCAUCUAGACAGAAGUUAUUGAUUUUCUUUUUUUGGUCCUACCCCUGUGCUUUUUCAUAGAUGUGUAGGCCUGCUCUGGUUUCCAUGUUAUGUGCGUUUGUGUGUAUGUUGUGCACUUUUGUGAGUAAAAUCCCAUAGUCCUGCACAUGUUGAGAUGAAGGCUGAGGAUCUGUUUCAACACAUUGAAUAGUGACAAACUGAUGAUUCAUUGAGACGACAUUGCCAAAUUCUCACUACAUAGAGUGACUUCAUCAUUGAAUUACACAUCAAACAUCAAGGAUGAUGUUUUAUUUGCUGUCUAACACAUUUUACACUCCCAGGUUGUGGUGUCAUACGUGCUACUGGCUGACCGUGAUUCUUCUGUGAUGUGUAAUUCGAUGAUGUAGUCACUUGUAGUGAAAAUUUGGUGAUGUCAGUGAAUGAUGGUACAACAAAGUGGUGAUUCAUUGUUUAAAGUAGAUCCAAGCCUACCACAUUAAUACAUGAACAUGGCUAUGCAGAGUCAAAUACACAUGGUCUUUAUAUAUGCAUGUUGUGGACCUCUUUGUCUGUCCUGUAUGUGGUGACACUGCAGGGGACACCACAAGAAAAUGACUGAAGAGCCGAAUCCACAUCCUGUGUGUAUAUAUGUAUGUAUGUGUGUGUGUGUGUGUGUGUGUGUGUGU